AUGUCUAGUUUUUUAUCAACACCAACCCCCAACUCUUUAACCCACUCAACAUCAACUGAAGAAAUUUAUAAAAAAAAUUCUUUUUGUACAAUAUUUGAAAAACAGUUAUGGAGGAGUGAUAGAUGUAAACACUGUUUUAAAACAGAAUUCCAACAUUCUGUAAACAUUUCAAGAUUUAAUGAAAAUGUUCCCAACAAUAAUGAAAUAAGUGAAAUAACAACUGAUAACAUUAAUAAUAAUAAUAAUCAUAAUCAUAAUAAUACAUCAUCAACAACCAACACAACUGCCAUAUCAACACCAACACCAAAAAAUAAUAUUAGUAACAAUAAUCCAUAUCUUAAUAAUUUAAAAAAUAUUAAUAAUAAUAAUAAUAAUAACAAUAACUCUCCAUUAACUCCAACUAAAAUAAAUAAAAAUAUUAGUAAUAGUAAUAGUAAUAGUAAUAGUAAUAGUAAUAGUAAUAGUAAUAGUAAUAGUAAUAGUAAUAAUAAUAAUAAUAAUAAUAAUAAUAAUAAUAAUAAUAAUAAUAAUAAUAAUAAUAAUAAUAAUAAUAAAGUUUCAAAUUCAGGACCAACAUCACCAUCAACAUCACCAAAUAGAAAAACAAAUAGUGUAGUUCCAUCAGUUGAAAGAGCACCAUUAUCAAUCAGAAGAUCAUUGACACCAAAGGCUAUUGAACAAUUUUCAAGACAAAUUUCAUCACAACUAUUGGUGUCUGAACCAUUAUCAUUACCACCACAAACCAUUAUAAAUAAUAUAAAUAAACAAACUCAAAAACCUAAACCACCUCCACUUCCAACUAAAAAUUUUCAAUUGGAAACAACACCAACUUUUUCAUCAACUGUAACAACACCCGAUACAACAAGUCCAACUUUAUCUUCAUUUUCAUUAGAUCCAACAACAACAACAACAACAACAACAACAACAUCUGUGAGCCCAACUUCAUCUACACCAACGCCAACACCAACAUUAACAACAACAAAUUCAUCAAAUAGACAAACUACAAUAAUUUCUCCAGUUUUAUUAGCAAUUAGUGAAUAUCCACCACCAAUUUCACCAACUAGACAAAUGAGAUCUCAUUCAGAUAGUCCAUCUGAUUAUAAUGCUACCAUUAAUGGUAGUAGUGGUAGUGUUAGUAAUAUAAAUAAUAGUAGUAUUAGUAUUGCAAGUAGUAAUAGUAGUAUAUCAAGUAAUACUAGUAGUAGUAGUAGUGGUACAUCAUCAAAUAAUAGUAGACCAAUUAAUAUUUCAAAUUCAAAUUUAAUUUAUGAGAAAAAACAUACAAGAAAUUCAAGUGGUGGUUCACCAUUUUUAUCAGGUAGUUCAUCAUCACCAACUAAUUCAUCACCAUUAUUACCAUCACAAGCACCUUCAUCAAAAGUAAUCAAUAAUUUAAAUACUGGUAACAAUAAUAACAGUAGUGUUUCAAGUGGUUCACCAAGAAAAUAUUCAAUUUUCGUUGGUAAAUCAAAUAAAUCAAAAUUAAAUAUUAAUAAUUCACAAUUUAAUAAUAAUAGUACACCAAAUUUACCAACAUCCAAAAGACCACUUUCAACUGUACCAUCUUUAAAAUCAACAUCAUUUCCAAAUGUUGCUGAUGCAUUUUCAACAUUAAAUAAUAAUAAUAAUAAUAAUACUAAUAUUAAUAAUAAUAAUCAACUUAAUAAUAGUUCAAAUACUUUGUAUAAUAAUAAUAAUAAUAAUUAUAAUUAUAAUAUUAAUAAUUAUAAUAAUGAAGAACAAAAUAAAAUUUAUUUAGCAAUAAAUUCAAUACUUUUAUCAUUACCAAAUAUAAAUAAUUUAGCAGUUCAACAAAUGAUGGAAAUUUUAUAUAAUCAACAUUUAGAUUUAGAUAGUAAUACAACAUUGAUAAAGAAUGAUAAAAUGAAUGAAUUAUGUAAGGCUACACAAACUUUACAACAAUGGAUUGAGAGACAAGAUCAUUUACGUGAUGUUAUUAGAGUUCAAAGUUGUGUUAGAAGAUUCUUAUCAAAACGUAGAACUGAAUGGUUAUCACAAGUUUAUAAUCAUUCAAUACUUCGUGAUAGAAAUCAAGAGUUUAGAGGUUUAAUCCAAUUGGAGCGUAGAUACAAUGAAAAGUUAGACAUUACAAUCAACACCUAUUACAAACGAUUAAAACAUUCCAAUCUAUUGAAUCGUAUGGAUUUGCAAUCGAUUUUCUCCUCAAUUAAGCAGAUUUAUUAUGUUCAUAAAAGAAUUUCACUACAAUUUGAAGAGUUGUUUAAAAAAUGGCCAUGUGUUGAGGGAUUGGGUGAUAUUUUCCUUAGAAUCGCACCAGAGUUGAGAGUAUAUGGUGGCUAUGUUAAAAACUUUAAAAAUGCAAUCGAUACUUUAAUUUCAUGUCAAGAGGAGAAUCCAAAGUUUGGUGCUUUCUUAAGAGAACUAUGUGAAGAUACUCCUGGUAAAGUUUAUGAUUUAAUGGCAUUAAUCGCUGCACCAUUAAAUCAUUUAACUGGUUAUGAACGUCAAUUAUUUAACAUAGCACUUUAUACACCUCAAAAUUGGCCAGAUUAUGUAAACAUUGUAAACGCAGUAACAAUGAUGAAAGAAGUUGAAACUCUCAUUCAAGAUUCAUUAGGUCAAGCUCAAAAUGCUUCAACUCUAAUGGCAAUCUAUCGUAGAGUUAAUAAUAGAAAAGCAUUGGAUCCAUUCGUCAUACCUGGUAGAAUUUUCAUACAUGAGGGUAAAUUACUUAAAUUUGAAUUAAAAAAACAAGAUCAAAUCUAUUAUUAUUAUCUUUGUAAUGAUUUAAUUCUAUUUGUAAAGAAUAGCAAUGGUAGUGGUAAUAAUAUUAAUAUUGGUGGUAGUGGUGGUAGUGGUAGUGGUUCGAAUGAUCAACAGCUAUCAUCAUCAAGAGAAUUAUUUAAAUUUAAAAAAUUAUUCAUGUUAUCAGAUGUUGUUGUAACAGAUUUACAAGAUACUUCAACUCAUAAAAAUAUCAUUUCAAUUGUAAAUCAAAAUAAUUCACGUGAAUCCUAUUGUUUCUCAAUUGAAGAUUCAAGAGAGAAAAAAGAAUUAAUGAAACAAUUCUCUGCACUAUGUUGUACAACCAAUACAAACAAGUCCACUAAAAUCUUUGGUAUAUCAUUAUUUGAUUUGGCUCAAAGAGAAGAUGAUAUUGUUUUAAAUUCAAAUGGUGGCAUACCAAUUUUCAUCAUUAAAACUUGUAAUGCUAUACUUCAACAUCAUUUAAAUGAUGAGGGUAUAUUCAGAGUUUCACCAAAUCAAAGUGAAUUAGAGUCAAUUAGGGACCAAUUAAAUAAAUGUGCAACCGAAUCUCAAUUGGAUACGAUUAUCGCUAAAAUUAGUAACGGUCAUCAAUUGGCGGCCCUAUUGAAAUCUUAUUUCAGAGAAUUGGCAAUACCAUUGUUAACCUUUGAAUUAUUUGAUAAGAUCAUUGAACAAUUUGGUGAUAAUGAUGAUAGUUCAACCGCUGAAAAUGUUGAAAAUCAUAUCAAUGAUGUCAAAUCCCUCCUUCAAUCAAUUCCACAAGUUAAUCAAAACACAUUCCAAUUGAUUCUAUUAUUAUUGGUCACCGUUGCUGCAAACUCUCAAAAUAACAAAAUGAAUCAUAUCAAUCUUUCAAUUGUUUUCACUCCAAAUCUUUUAAAACCAAAAAUUCCAACAAUUGAACAAUCUCUUAGAAUUCCAAUUUUAAAUAACUUUAUAACUUCAUUAUUAGAUAAUUACUCAUUACUUUAUAAUGAUAAAUUGGAUUCAAUUAAAAUUAUUGACUCAAAAUUUCAUUUCAAAAAAAUAUUACCAAAUAAUAAUAUUAAUAACAGUGGUUUUAGAAAUAAUUUAUAA